AUGGCUGACCUCACUGAACAUCCCAUACUCGCCCGGGUGCACGACGAUGAUGGCUCGGCGCUGUCCAAGAAAUUCGGCCCGGGACUAACAAACUAUUAUUCCGGGAGCCCCCUCAACAGGGUUUCCUUCCUCCGAGAGGACCACGGCUUUCUCUCUGCUGCGUUCGCCUCUGCCGAUGCACAAUUCAUGGUCCUUGAUGACUUUGCACCUCUUGUUCAUGAUUCGGCCACCAUCAAGGCUGUUCGUCGGGAUGAUGUUCUUCCCAUUACGGGACCUGAUCCGUUUGGUUCGUCUGAGAAGGAUCUGGUGAAUGCAUUUGACUCCACGGUGACUAAGCCCCUCAUCAUCUUUCUUGGAAUUUGGGAGGAUACCGAGUCCGAGUUUCGACAUCGUAUCUUCCGAGGCCGCCCGUGGUUCGCUGUCGAUAUCACUCCGCGCGGUUCAUUUGCAGAUGUCGCGCGAACCCUGGUCGACAGGCUCACCCAAGAUGGGUCAACUUUCCUGCGAGCAACAAGGCAGAAUACCAUCCAUGCCCACUUUGCGGCCAUGUACGGACAGGCUAGGGGUAUAGUGGAUUGGAACCUACGAAACCAGUUUUGCGCCGGUUGCGGUUGCCCUACCAUGCCCAUCUAUGGGGGUUAUAAGCGUGUCUGUCCUCCCACGGAUCGUAACGGCACCGGCGUUGCUCAAGCCCGAAAGGAUUGCCCGACGCGAAACGGCAUCACCAACAUUAGUUUCCCUCGGUCAGACCCGACCAUGAUUGCAGCCGUUGUGUCCGCUGACGGCAAGAAAAUGCUUCUCGGUCGCCAAAAGCGCUGGCCACCCGGCUUCUACAGUACCCUUGCCGGGUUCUUGGAACCGGGCGAGUCUGUCGAAGAAGGUGUUCGCCGCGAAGUAUGGGAGGAGAGUGGUGUCAAGGUUGGAAGAGUGGUCCUGCAUUCUAGCCAGCCUUGGCCGUACCCGGCGAGUCUCAUGAUUGGCGCCGUGGCUUCCGCGCUACCUGAUGGAGAGGAUAUUCACCUUGGCCAUGAUCCUGAGCUGGAGGAUGCAAAGUGGAUUCCAUUGGAGGAAGUUCGCCAGGCGCUCAAGAGGCCUACUCGUCUCGAUACCGUACAUACGGCCAACGGCACUGGGAACAAGGAGUCCACUCUGCUUCUCCCUCCGCAUACGGCUAUUGCGAACAGGCUGAUAGCUGCUAUCUGUGAUGGUUAUGCGAGCCAUGAGUGA